AGCCCGAAAUCACUCUUUCUUUCCAGCUUCCGGUUGUCUAUACCAUAAUCCCUCUUUUGAGGAUAGUCAUUCUUUUUUAAGUCUCUCUUUACAAAUACCAAAUUCACAAUGAUCUUUAAUACCGUUACCUUCGCCGCUUUAUUCGCCACUGCAGUCUCAGGGCUUGCUAUCACCCCUACCGGCAAUGCCGAUACCUUGGCAAAGGCGAUCCUCGGCUCCAGCCCUGGAAUCAAGCUUGUCUCUGCCAGUUAUUCUGGUUCUCCCGACAGCUCCGGUACCUACACCGAUGGCCCUCAGGGAAUCCGUAACGCUGCCGUUCUUACCAGCGGAGAUGCCGUUGACACCAUCAUUGGACCCGGCUCCAGCGAGGAUAUUAGUAAGGCAAAGGGAACUGCGGGAAGCGCUCUUUGCAGUGCACUUGCUGGUGGUUCUUCUUCCUACGAUGCUGCCGUUCUCACCAUGAACGUCGAGCUCCUGUCUGGCUUUACAGGUUUCUUCACCGAGUUUAUUUUCGCUUCAGAGGAGUACCCCGAGUGGGUUGGUUCCCAGUUCAACGAUGUGAUGGGUAUCUACGUCGAUGGUAAGCAGAUUGCGUUCGAUGACACGGGUGCUCCCAUCACCAUCAAUGGUCCCUUCUUCAUGAGCGACAAGGUCCUCGUCCCGCCCAGUUCGGGAUCCAACUACGACGGGUCCACUCCUAUCCUAAAGUCUGGUCAUGUUGCCUCAACCGGAGCCCACAAGAUCGAAAUCGCCAUCUGCGACAUUGCCGAUCGUCUCCGUGACAGCUCCGUAUUCGUCACUCUUGGUGCAUGUACUGGUGAGUGCAAGGAGGGGACGACUGUCUCUCCGUGUGCAGGAAAGGGUGGCGAUUCCGACAACGAUGGCAUCUGCGAUGAUGUCGACAACUGUCCCGAUGUUUUCAAUCCCGACCAGAACCCAGCUUCUUGCGCUAUGCAUGGAACUGGAACCGGUGGAUAUAAAACUGGUGUCAUCGGAACCGGUACUGGUGGUUACGGCCCUAGCAUCACUACUCCCCCUAAGUACGGUAACACCACUGUUACUCCGACUUACGGUGUCGUCACUCCUCCUUGUGUCACUCUCACUUCGAUGGUCACAAAGACUAUCACCACUUGCACACAGAAGACCGUCUGCAACCCCACUGUUACCGUUGUGCCAGUCACCUAUACUUCAACUCUUUCCUUGACUGUUACCACUCCUUGCUCGACCUACACUGUCACCAAGUGCCCCGGUGGACCCGACUCUCCUUGCCACACCUAUACCAACACCGUUACUCUUGCCCCGGUGACCACCUAUACCCACACAGCGGUUGUCACCAACACCCACAAGUGUCCUGGCGGACCGCACUGCCCAGUCACUCUCUCCACUGUCCAGACCUACCCUAGUGGAGCUAACUAUACUGUUGCCCCGGUCUCCACUGUCACUUACAAGUGCCCCGGAGGACCCAACUGCCCAACUUCCGUCACAACCACCUAUACCUGCCCGGGCGGACCUUACUGCCCAGUUGUCACCUACCCUCCCGGAUGCCCCGGAGGUGCCAACUGCCCGACUUCGGUCAUCGCCCCAGUUCCUCAGACCACAUACGCCGCCGGCUGCCCAGGCGGACCCGGAUGCCCACCCGUCGCUGGGGCUAACAAGACCAUAUCUAGCCUCCCCAAGUACACUGGUGCUGCCGGACGUGUUGGCGCUGGUGCCGCUGGUGUUGUCGGUGCCGUCGGUGCCUUUGCCGUCCUGCUGUUGUAAGGUGGUAGAGCUAAGUUGGUAAUGAUUUUCUGAUUUGGAAUUUGGCGUAGGGGUUUUGUAAUGAGGAUGAAGAAGCAGAGGAGGGGAAUAAUUAUGUUCUGAUAAUCAUUUUAAGAAUUCUAUUUAAGAA